AUGAACAUAAACAGCUUCGAGACAGUAAUACGUCAUUUCCGUUCUGCAAUAUUUUGUAGAUCAAGUUGUAGUGCAGUAGCAGUGUCUAUUCAUCACACCAAUUCUGAAGUUAUGAAGGCCCUAAAGUGUCCUUUCUUGUCGCGCGUGUCAACGCCUACUGUCAGGGCAAAUGCCCCUGCUUUGCUGAGUUAUGCCGACCAUUGUCCGAUCAUGGGCCAUGUUAUCAAGUAUGUUACCAUGGCAACCCAGGCCGGCGUUAAGACCGAAGAGGAUGUGAAUGUCAACAAGUGCCCCUACAUGACCAACAAGGUGACUGUGGCGCCAUCUAGUGCUGAUGUCAUCCAGGACACCAUUAAUGCAUCUAAUGAUAAAGCAUCUAUGAACAACAACAAUGCUGUAGCAGAAACAAUGACUACAGAUGGCAGUGUUCAGCCUGGGACCAAUUACGUUGAGUCGAGUCACAUAUCUCCACCAAUGGCAGUGAAGUAUGGCCUCCCAGAGGUCACAAGAAGAAGCAGGGGAUCUGGGUCAGGAUCAGGCGGAGUCAACCCACCUGGAAAGGUGUUUGACUACGAGGCGCUGUAUGCGGACAAGAUUGAGGCAAAGAAGCAAGACCAUACCUAUCGUAUCUUCCGCAAGGUGAUGAGGAGGGGAGACGAGUUCCCAUUGGCUGAAGAGCACACGAAAGGGGAGAAAGAAAUCUCAGUGUGGUGUAGCAAUGACUACCUUGGCAUGAGCUGGCACCCCUCUGUACGUGGCGCUGUCAUCAAUGCGGUGAAUAAACAUGGAGCUGGUGCGGGAGGAACUCGUAACAUCUCUGGUAACUCCCCCUUGCACGAAGACCUGGAGAAUGAACUGUCCCGUCUUCACCAAAAAGACGCUGCCCUGUUGUUUACGUCAUGCUACGUGGCCAAUGACACCACUCUCUUUACACUGGCCAAGUCACUACCAGGUUGUCAAAUACUGUCAGACUCUGGGAAUCAUGCCUCUAUGAUACAGGGCAUACGAACUAGUGGAGCAGCCAAGCAUGUAUUCCGACAUAAUGACCCAGCUCAUUUGGAAGAAAUUCUCCAGAAGAUGGAUUUGUCUACGCCUAAAAUAGUGGCCUUCGAGUCUGUGCAUUCCAUGGAUGGUUCUAUAAGUCCACUGGAAGAGAUGUGUGACAUUGCCCACAAGUACGGGGCUAUAACAUUUGUGGAUGAAGUGCAUGCUGUGGGACUCUACGGGGAACAUGGGGCUGGGGUCGCAGAAAGAGAUGGUGUCUUAGAUAAGUUGGAUAUCAUUUCUGGUACCCUCGGCAAGGCAUUUGGCAAUAUAGGUGGUUACAUCGCAGGCUCUGCUAACCUAAUCGACAUGUUGAGAAGUUACGCCUCUGGCUUUAUAUUCACCACCUCUCUGCCCCCUACAGUCCUACGAGGAGCUCUCACUUCUAUCAGGAUUUUGGCUGGUCCUGAAGGUCGACAACUGCGGAAGACGCACCAGGAGAAUGUGAAGUAUUUACGCAGUAAUCUGUUAGCCCAGGGACUACCUGUCGUCCACGCUCCGAGUCACAUCAUUCCCAUACAUGUUGGGGAUGCCCAGCUAUGUAAGGCAGUUGCGGAUGAUCUGAUGGAUCGUCAUGGCAUUUACAUCCAACCAAUCAACUACCCAACUGUACCAAGAGGGGAGGAGAAACUGAGGAUUGCCCCAACACCGCAUCACACUAAAGAAAUGAUGGAUAGGUUUGUGGAAUGUGUGCGAGACUCCUGGGCACGAACUGGCCUGAAGUUUGAAUCUGUCUGCAACCAGAGCUGUGAAUACUGCCAGAAGCCCAUGAGGCUUGAAUGGCAGGAGGCGCGGGAGAAUCGGUUGUGCGAUGGACGAGUGUGUGAUCUUUACCUACAGGAUCCACAACCGCAGAGGGUUUCAGCGACUGCUUAAGACUGGAUAAGGACCACUGAUGUCAUACUUUAAAACCAUACCAACUAUUUGAUUUUAUAAUAUUAUAUUACUAAAAAGGAAUGUUAAGAAAAACAUUAUCUCGUUCUAGGAGUCUAUGAUUUUAAAAUGCUUUAUUUGUAUUUAAAACAUAUAAUAUCAUGCAUAAUAUUACAAUUUUAUUGUAUGAAAAUCAAUGAAAAUAUAUACUUGUAUAUAUUGUAUUUAGUAGGAAAUGGAAUGGUUGUAUUCAGAUUUAAUUUCAUAAAAUUUGACAUACACAUGUGCAAGUAUUAUGUAGAUUCUAUUGGUAUUGGUUUUAAAGUACUGACAGUGAAUGGGUCCCAAAUAAAUAUAUCAUUUUAUGAAAGCCUUAAUGAAACAACUCAAAAACAUCAAAAUUCAAAAAGUGCCAUAAGUGAUAAAAUAACCUAUACAACAGUUUAAAUAUUUUAGAUGAUUAUUUCGUAAAAUAUACUUUAAUUCAUCUGACUUUCGUAUCUUGGUAUAUUUGUGUUGGAAGAAAUUGGCAUGGAUUUGGAAUAUGGACUUGAAAUUGAAAUCUCAUACGGACACCACCAAUAUUGAUGUAUUUAUUAUUAGAGAGGUUUAUCAUAUAUUUUUAUAAGGCACCGAACUAUUAAAGAAAUUCACUGAGACAAAACCAGUAAAGACCAUGAUUUGGAUCAGAAUUUUUAAUGCAUGCUUUGUAGCUACUUUAAGCAAUGGCACAAUAAUUUUUAAUCAUUUUACAAUAAUAUCCAAUCUAAAGUUGUGUCUUGUCUUCAUCUAAAGGUGUAUUUUAUUUUUCGAAUUAUUUUGAAAUGAUGUUCACUGAUUGGUCACAAAUACAUUCAGCUGUUCGGACUUUUACUUACUACCAGGACCUGUGGACUUUGGACAACAGGUCCGUGAUUCACAAAAAGAAAUAUAAAAGCUUGGUUUGUGUGCAUAUUUUCAAAAUUCAUUUUUCCAAAACAACACCCGGGGGUUUCCCAAAAUCUUGCUGUUAGAAUAAAGAAAAAAAUGAACUCAUGAGAUAAUAAAUAGAAGCCAGUGCCCAUUUCCUGUUUCCGUCAGUGAACAUCAUUUGCAAAAUACUUUUAAGAGCACUCAUGACAAAAUAAAAAAUUUUGUUUGAGUGAUCCGCAAAAUUACGUGUGGGAUUUUUUCGUAAAAGCUAAUGUUAUAGUUUUGACUGCUGCAUAUUUGACUCCAAUGUGAGUCGAAUGCUGCAGUUAGAAAAUAUAACAGAAGCUGGAUUAAAGGGUCUUGUUUAAAAAAAACAGCAUCUCCAAGUAUAAACUAUCAACAGCUCAGGACUUGCGGGACAUUUUGGAUCUAAAAUUAAAAAAUAUUCCAUAUAAAAAUUGCAAAUAUCGAGACCCUUUAUAAAAUCCAAAAGCAAAAUGGUUAUUUCGGUGAAAGUUUUAUUAACUUUCAUUAUCUCUUAAUGAGUUUUUACAUAAAUUUGAAUAUCAGAUUGAGCAUGAAUCAAUUUUUCAAUGGGUUAAUAUUGAAUUAUAUGGAUUUUAUAAUUACAUUGAUAUAUAUUAGUGGUUUUCAUAUGUGGAUAAUAUUGCCAAUAUUAGUAAUGUGUAGUAUUUUGUGAUAUUGGCUCUUAUGUCAUGUGUCAUGGCAUCAUAACGUAGCAUGACAUCACAAUAAGAAUCAUAUGUUUUGACAUCACCUUGAAUCAUGUGUCAUGACAUCACCAUGAAUCAUGUGUCGUGACAUCACCAUGAGUCAUGUGUUGUGACAUCAAAUAUGAAUCAUGUGUUGUGACAUCACAACUUGGUGUGUCAUGAAAUCAUCACAUACGUUUGCAAAUAGAGUUUGGUAUCCUCCUUAAAUCACCACAAACAGACAAAAGAGCAGUGCUAGUUGACAACAAAACUAAUAUUAGACCCAGAUUGCUCAAUUAAUAAUUUUGAGAAAAUUGAUCAAUCUAUAUGACAUUUUGAGUAUGAAUUGCUAAAUAAGUGCAGUGCAAUCAAUUUUGAAUUUACAUUAGAGAUAAAUUCCUCGCAUAUGUAAAUGAAUAUAUCGUAGAUUCAUUUAUGUCUAAUACAAUACCCACCAGUCAUUUAAAUGCAAUAUGAUUGUUUAAUGUGCAAAUCUGCCAUGAAAAGAACAAGUUCACCAUGGAAUAUGUUCUAAUGCAGUUCUUAUACAUUGUGGUAUCAAAUAUUGAAACCUCUUGAAAUAUGUGUUGUAAUGUUGAAUAUGCUGGACAUAUACACUUAAUAUACAAUUAAUUUGUUUCAUUUGAUUUUUACUCAGGUUAGCUUAUCACCACUGCAAGAAAUGAAUAUUAAAUAUAUUGAUGACAUAUUAUUCACUAGUACUGUCAGAUUGAUAAUAUCAAAGUUGAGAGAACCUAAAUAUUUGGGACACUACAACCCUCUUACUAUCAAUAUACACGGUGUUCAUAAAGUAUCUUCACACAGACUUUGUUUUGUAAUUGUAAAGAGACUUUAGGACACCCUGUAUAUGAAGUUGUAUUUUCUGGAUUGAUUUUUUGCAGUGGUCUCUAAGAAUAUAAUGUAUCAAUAUAAUUUAUCAAUAGAGUGUAUCUUUGUGGUUGGUUAAACCCAAUACCAUGUCUUUGUACAUGUAAUCUCUGUGCUUAAAAAAGUGAAAACAUCAAAUUUUUUUACACGAGGUUCAAGAGGCAAUGACCUGAUACAUGGAGCUUAGUUAAGAAACAAAGGCUGAUACAUGUAACCCAGUAGGUAUAACACUUAUAACAGCUGAUGCAUGAGGUCCAUAGGCAAUACAGCUGAUGCAUUUGUGUACUUUGCAUUUAUACAAAACACCUAACAAGUUGAGCAAUGUGUUCCUAGUCUACAACAGGGUACCUGUAUGCUUGUGUAACUUAUCUAUAUGUUAAUAAUGUUGUCAGUUUUAUUUACAUAUGACGCAAAAAUCGUUAUUAUUUGUUAUGAAAUUAAAAUUUUAGAAAAAUAAAUAAAUCGA